UUUUUUCAAAUAAUCUCAUUUUCACUCAUAUUAAGCUGUGAAUAAUCUCAGUAUUUUUGUUUUACUUUUCUGGUAUUGUAAAGAUUUCUAACAAUUGUUUGGUUCCUUCACAAAGGUAAAAUGACUGCGCCCAAGUCAUUCAUUGUUGUUGGUCUCAUAAUAUGGACAUUGCUGUUUUGUGCCAAUGCAUCACAAACCAAAACAGCAGAUGAAGAUGUGGACAUAACUGAUGAGGAAAAAGCUUAUGCUGAAGAAAGCAAUCAAGAGAACGAAGCGACUAGUGAUGGAAAAGAUACUGGUACAUCAGCAAGCACAAAACGAGAUGAGUCUGCCCAAGCUGUGGUACAAUUUCUUGAUGGUCUAGCAAAUGGACAACAAACCGUCACUUCAAUUGGUGGCUGUGCCGUCACCAGAAAAGAAACAAGUAAAGACUGUCUCGUUGUUUACAUACCAACUGGCGAGUGCUCGUUUACCACUAUAUUCAAAGGUUUGUUCAAAGAUUUCUCCGAAGCUAAAAUGAUGGAGUUUUUGAACGCUGGUAUCUCAAGGAAUCUCAUUCAAGGAAACAAAUACUCCUUCAAUACUAACAGUGAGAUUGUCGUGAGUGCCUGUAAGAGAAGAAAGAAGCUGCUGUUGAAAGACUUCACCUCAAACUCAGUCUCACCAGUCAGUUGGUUGACUUUACAAAGCGUUACGAUAGAAAAAGCUUACAUCUUUUACGGCGAUAUGGAAGAACAAGAGAAUGUUGAUGAUUGGGUUGGCAUUGGCAUCCAAGGGACGGCAACAGCUGAUAUAGCUGGUGUACAAGCAAACGUUAAUAUACUUAAGGAGUGGAAAGGAAAUCAAAUUGGCGAUUCUGACGUCGUUUUGUCUGUGAAUCCAGAAGGCAAUGAGAUCAGUGUGGUGAAUUUCUUGACAUGGAUGAAUCAAGAUGCAACGGCUUUGUAUCCUGACAACACAGAUGUGGACACUUCCUCAAUGCAAAUGGAAGAAACCAAAAUCGAAAAAGGAGAGGGUGCCCUUAUCAGAGUGAUCUUAGGAAAUGAGAAAAUGUGGGAUGCGUUUGUAACUGGUCAAGCAAGUGGAAGUUCUUUACUUGAUGGUGCUAAGAAAAUGUAUGUUUAUUGCAAAAAUGGAGAUCUGGAACAAUUCAGCAAAGUUUCCUGUGCUGUGAUGGCGAAGUUUGCACCUGGAUCAUUUAAUUGGGGACAAGUAACAGGAGGCUUUGACGUUGAAGGAUUAUCAACAACAAGACCUAUUGUUGAAGCAAUGAGAGAAAGUGGGGACCUAUACUUUCAAUCCUCUCGAAAUGGUUUCGAAAAUCCGAGCGAUGAAGAUGUGAGCAACGAAUUUGACGCCUAUGCAAAUAUAGUCCAGAAUGAAAAAAAUGUUGUCACAGAGAAUUAUGUUACCGCCGAAAUGUGUUUAAGGUUCCGCGCAAACUCAUUUGGUAGAUACUUUCCUCAACUUGUCCCAAAAAAUCCUAUCAAUUCGCUUAUUGCUCACGUAUGUCCAUACAGAAAUGAAGUACGCAUGCAUUUCCCUGUAAAUGCAGCAAAUGCCAUAUAUAAAUACAGUACUAUAACAACGUUAGUUUUAAAUGAAAUGUCAAAUCCUGCAUUUGGAAUCCGUGACAACAUUUAUGUUGAAAUUAAGGAGAUCAAAUUAAGUCCAUCAGAUGUGUGUCAGUCAUUUCUUUCUGUGGAUCCUUAUGAAAUGCUUGAAAAGGAUGGCGCUGUCGCACUUAACACCACGAUGAUCACACAAUGUUACGAUGGUACUAAGUGGGCAAUUUCUGGAAGCGGUAAAGAAGCCAUCUUUCAUGCAAUGUCUGAUGUGACAGUCGUACAGAAAAAUAUAAAUAGGUUUGGAAUCAGUGCUAGCUUGAAUAUCUUUGACGCAAAGGUCGUUCAGACUAGAACUGGUGCAGCAUACUUAUCAACAGAUUAUCAAGAAGUGUUCGGUAAUUUAAUGGAAUUCCCAAUGAAAGACCUCCGAUUCGAAGGAUUCUUUAACAAACGAAAUAAUCUAUUCAUAAAAGGAAAAGGAAAAAUCCAAGGGAAAGACAACAUUGAUGCUGAAUUCCUUUACUAUCUUAACGAUCAAAGUCAAGAAAACGAACUUACUUUGUGCCUAAAAAUUAAAAAUGCAAUCGUUGAUGGUUUGGUCGGAUAUCUGUACAACUCUGCUGCAAUUGGAGCUGCUCCCUGGGUCACUUAUGACAAUGUUGCCUUAAUUGCAAGUAAAUCGAGAACAACCAUCCAGUUUGAUCGCACGUUUUGCAAAAAUGCUGAAAACUCUUACGACAGAAAUGGAUUCCCACCAGGACAUGCAAAAGCUUUCCAAGGUGGAAUUCUACUGUACGCAGAAAACAUCCAAUUCAAAAAUUGUGCGGAUCAAGAUAAGGAAAACCCUAUCUGCAAAUUCUAUCAGCGAGUAUUUGAAGGAACAAGUUUGGCAAUCAAGUACUAUGGUCAAGCUAAAGCAGACAAAAGUUAUUUCUUUGAAGGCAGAUUCGAAACUCCUAUGAAGCUGGGUCCAGGAAUUGAAUUAAGAGCAAAGCGUGAUUCUGUUACACCCACAAGAGUUGGAAAAUUGGUCCACGAUAUUUCCAUGAAAAUUGUUCUAAAUGCUGAAACGAACAAAGAAGAAAUCCAGGGAAGAAACAACAUACUUGGUAGUUUACAUUUAGAGGACGUAGAUGCUAAUUUCCCAGCUAUGCUAUCGUUCACAGGAGAAAGUAUUUUAUUUCAUGUUCCAAAGAUAGAGGGUAGUGCUGGUUUAGGGACAAACAUACUUGGAGUCGCCAAUGUUAAAUCUGGAAAUAUCAGAUCUGAAUCGUAUCCUUUGGAUUUGAGUGGACCAAUUGAAGAAAUAGAGUUCCAUUCUCGUCUUUUUAUCGGCUCGGUAGAGGAGCAUGCACUGUCCAUUGUUGGUGGCAGAGAAAACACAAUCCAAUACAUUCACGGAACAACUCCUUCUAAAAACAAAUUUUACGCUUGUAAGAAAUCUGACGCUGCAAUGAAAUUAAGAAAUGUGUUCGCUGCAUUUGGUGCCGAAUACAAGCAUGGCAUCCUUAAUAAUGCUGAUGUAAUGGAUGCUUGUUUUACUUAUCAUAAUGGUGAGGAAGACGCAAUCUGGAAUGUGCCUAAUCAUGACAUCAAAGCCCAGCCUGGAUUGAGACUUUACGGAAAAUUAAAGACAUCAUUUGGUAGCAAUUUACCCUUGACAAUAUUACUUGAAAACAACGCAGUAGAAAUGCUUGUGGAGUUAAAGCCCAUUCAUUGGGGCGUCACAACAGUCCAAGUAGAUCGAAAGAAUCUUGAAGGAAAUAUAAUUAAAGUCGACAAAAAAAUCACUCGUUUACAAUUAACAAUUGGCAAAGAAAUGGAAUCCAUGGGACCAAAAUUGUACAUUAGCUAUCAGAACGGCGCAUUUACAGAGGGCUACAUUGAGGGGUACAUUGAAACUGCUGGCUUCGCUGGAAAAGGAAGGAUAAACAUUGCAGCAGAUAGCAGAGGGAAGCUUAGUCAAUACGAGUUUAUACACAAUGGAAAGAUCUAUGAUAUAAUAGACGGACAAAUGAAAUUAUCAGCUAGUUAUGGAGGAGCAGAUAUUAAUGCUAUUGAAUUUCAGCUGGAAGUCGACCUUAUAAAUAAAAUAAGGGAGCUAAUGCCCCAAGUCGCACAGAAAAGCAUCAAUGAGUUUAUUAAGCCCCAUGAACGAGUAGUGGAUCAGCUCACAAAAGACAUUCAAAACAUCACAGAACAUCACCAAACACAGUCAACAACUCACAACUCCAUAUUGGAAGAUAUAAGCCGACUUAGUGCUGUUACUAAAAAAUCAAAAAUCAACAGAGCACGUUCCAUGCAAGCUAGUUCCAGGAAGUGCGGUAGAGAAUGCAAACCAGUUCACAUGCCUGGCCUUAAAUGGGAGAAGAAAUGCACAACAUCAAGAAAACAACAAGAUUCACGAUGUAUAAAGUUUGUUAAGGACUCACAUAAAGUCAGUGAUGUAGGCUGCAUGGCACAAUGUGAAUCUGAAAGAGUGAGAUCUCAUGUUGAAGCUAUUCAUCACGAUAGUGUAUCUAGGAGUAACAUUGCAAGACUUGCCGAUGCAACAGCGUGUAAAAAUAAGGCACAGGCUCUUGUCAGCAAAAUUGAAGGCGUAAAAGCACAACUUGAAACGUUAAAAGCAGGACUAUCCACACCUUCGAAAUUUAUACGCGAUUUAAAAGCUGCCUCACAAUCAAAUGCUGGAAACGUAAUCAAGUUUGCGUCGAUGUUGUCAAAUUACCCUCUCAUUGAAGGCGCCAGUGAGCCUGAAUGUUUAAAAUUCAAAUUCGGUUAUGAGAUUUCAACCGGCGAGGAAGAUACUUCGAAGGAAAACGAAUUGGAAGAUUCGUUAUGUUUUGGGGAGGGUUUCGUUGGAACAGUAGCUGAUUUAGCACUGAGAAAAGCUUACGAAGAUGAAUAUGAGGUUCUGCAAGGUCUGCUUAAUGGCGUUGAAAAGGAACAAUCUUUUUUGUUAAACGACUUUGUUAAAGACAUCACAAAAGAAGGAGAGAACGUCCAAAGAUGCAUAAGAAAUGCUGCAAGAAGCACUGAAGAUGGCGACGAACAACAAAAGCGAUCUUAUAUCCCAAAUGCAAGUCUCUCACCGUUCCGAUCAUCCCUAUUUCAUAUUAUGAGCGAUAGAACAGUUCUGAUGUUUAACAAAUAUUCCCCUUGGGCUGUUCUCGAACAAAACGAUCCCUUCAUUGAAGCGCAAACUCCUGCUGUUAAGUCAAUCAUAACAGAAGAACCUGCCCCAAAAGACCCGUGUACAGCCGCUCGACAAACUGUUCAGGAUUACCAAGACAUUGUUGCUUACAUAAAAACAUGGGCAAUGUCUCAUCAAAAUGGUGAGAAGUCCUUGGAAGCAAUUGCUGAGCGAGUUAACAAAAGAUUGACAGCUGUCAGAAGUGUCAUCAGCGAAAUGGGCAAAUAUGAACAUGUGACUGCCAGCGACGUGAAUAACAUGAAACACUGGAUGAAUGUCACUGAACAAGGAAUGAGAAAAUGGACAAUCUUAUCUGUGAAGCGCCUGGAUAAGCUUAACAACGAAGGCUUAAGGUUGAUGAAAGAAGAAUUAUCUCACAUGUAUUCUAAUAAGGAAUACAAGUCAAUUGAUGAGUAUAUUCAAAACAAAGCCAAGAAAGGGAAUAAUGCUUUUAAAAGAGCAAUCAUUUCGGAGACAGAUGAAAAACCAUUUUCUCAACUAUCUCAGGAGCUCUUGAAGAUACUGAAAGAAGGCGAAUCUCUUCAAGGUGUUCUGCCUGUCAUUGAGAAAAUUGAAGAGAAGGUUAGCCAUGCUGAUAAGAGAAGCAUCGCGUGUCACACAAAGUAAGAAAACUCCUUGUGGAUAGAAUUCAAGUACGUUUCUAUGAUGGAACAUUAUGUAAAGUUUAUUGAGAAUGUUUUCAACAUUAUUAAUGAAAUAAACAAGUCGCGACA